GCGAAGAAGCAGCGAUCGAAGAUCAUUCGCGAGAUCGAGAGCCUGAAGAAGGGAAACAGCGGAAAGACCGAGGAGGAACAGCUGAGCAAGCUGGAAAGCGGCUUGGCCGAGUUUCGCCUCCGCUUUGUCUACACCAUCUCGCAAGACCCUCGAUUCACCUUCGAGCAGGACGCCGAAGAGGUCAUGUGGAAACUCCACACGUUCGUUAACCAGGCCUAUCGUGACCUCAUCUACGGCAACCUCAAGGGUCAGCAGCACGUCGUGACGAAGCGCAAGGUGGAGAAACUUUACAAUAAUUAUUUAAAGACGGCUCUUUUGUUCUACAAGGGUUACUUUCAGCGUCUUGAGGCUCUCCAUGGGAUGCCCCAGAUUCCAAGGAUCAACCGCCUUCUGGAGCUACAGGCUCCUGCUGUCGACGAGUCCCAGAGCGCCACCAUUCCUGCCGACGCGGUCGAAAAGUCGUUCCACGCGACGCUCCUCCACCUGGGAGACAUCUCGCGCUGGAGAAAUAAGGCACGUCCGCGACCGGAUGGCCUGAAGACUGCUGUACUCUUCUACGAACUUGCCAACGAUCUGAAGCCCACUCAUGGCGCUGCACAUCAUCAGCUUGGAAUUCUCGAGGAUGACAACCACCUGCAUAUCGUCUACCACCUCUACCGCGCGCGAGCUAUCGAGACCCCGCAUCCUAACGCGGCAGCCAACCUGGAGCAGGAGUUCAAAAAGCUCCUACAGCCAUCCACACCCAGCAAGCGCUCUGGUCCUCCCGAUCCAAACGAGGCUUUUGCCAACUGGUUCACCAAGCUUCAUGCGCGCUUGUACAAGGGAGAUGACUUUCCCCCUGAGCUAGAGGAGGAGGUCUUGCACCGACUGGAUAUCACGCUCAAGAAGCCAGGCUCUUUGCCUCUCAUCUUGAAGAUGGUACUUGUCAAUAUUGCAGCGUACUGGGUUGCGAAAUCCAAGAUUGAGAAGGAGUGGAGCCUCAAGGCGUCUGCUUCUUGUCAAUUCAUCUUGAGGCUGAACGUCCGAUGGAUCCUGGCCAUCUCCCGCCUGUUACUUUCUGAGCUAGAAGAAUUUGUCAAGACUGCUCCCCCUGCACAAGACGAAUCCACCAAGAGAGGCACUACUUCGGAUGGUUCUCAGGAGUUCAGUGCUUUCACCGAGACUGCGCUACCUCUAGCACGCAUCUACAUGGCUUGGCUUUACAUCUAUCGUAACGACAUCGUCGACUACCAGCAGCAUUUGGGCUCAUACGUCUUUGACAUGUACCGAGCUCUUGCCCAGACCUUGACAGUGGUCGCAAAAGAAUUCACAGGCAACACGAUGGCGCCGUCGCCCUACCUCCUUGUCGAAGAUGAAGUAGCGCUGGGAAUGAAGCCGUUCGAUGACCCUGGCCUCCCGGCGAUGUGCCGUCUCCAACACGAAUCGGACAAAGGUACCCUCAAAAUUCACUGGGAGGACAGCGGUAACCCGAAGAGCAGCUCUGAGCAGGAGAUGUUGAGUCGUAUAUUUGACUUGAUGGGCUGUGGACUGUCUCUUGCAUUUGAUGAACGAUUUCCGCUAAGCAUCAACACUUCCACCUCCCAAGAAUUGGGCGGCGCAAUCACUGUCUCCUACCUGGAAGGCGGGAAGCCACCGAUGCUCGCCCAAGGCCCCGUGAACGACUUGCAACCC